AUGUCGCUGCAUCUUUACACAAUCUUGGUUUGGUCUUUGAAAAAAUUGGAAAGUACGACGAAGCUAAAGACGUUCACGAAAAAGCUCUAGAAAUUCGAAAACAAUCGUUAGGUCUAAAUCAUGUUGAUGUUGCUGCGUCUUUAAACAAUCUUGGUAUGGUGUAUUAUGAUACUGAAAAGUACGACAAAGCUUUAGAGUUUUACGAAAAAGCUCUAGAAAUUCGUAAACAAUCGUUAGGUCCAAAUCAUGUUGAUGUGGCUGCGUCUUUACACAAUCUUGGUUUGGUCUUUAAAAAAACUGGAAAAUACGACGAAGCUAAAGAGGUUCGCGAAAAAGCUCUGGAAAUUCGAAACCUGAAUGUGCUAGGUAAAGACCAUAAUCAUCCCACUGCGUCUUACAGCAAGUUUCGUAGGAUGAACGAAGAAAUUGAAGAAUAUGAGUCUCAAAGAACUCAGAGUAAAUUUACAGUUCCAAGUCAUGCUCAUGUUUCUCUGUCAUCAAAAUAUUUUGAAAUCACAAGUGGUGAUGAUGCUAAUGCUAAAGAUGUCGGAAAUUCUCCUGGUGUUGAAAAUACAAAACAAGAAAUCACAAGUGGUGAUGAUGCUAAUGCUAAAGAUGUCGGAAGUUCUCCUGGUGUUGAAAAUACAAAACAAGAAUCAAAGUUACAAGAGUGGAAAUACAAUGAUAAAUCGAAGAAGCAUAAAGAAAUGUUUUCAAAUCUGAUUAAACGUUCACGCGAUGACAGUGUCGAGGUUAAACAAGUGAGCGAUGUACGUGUGAUUUUUUCGGACGAUUUUUGCAUCGGAAAAGGAAGUAACGAGACCCGUGUUUUUCUUGGACUGAGGAAAGAUGGUUACGGCAAAGCAGUGAAACGAAUACUUCGAGACAACUGCAUGAAGCUUGCACAGAAAGAAAAAGAAAUUUUAAAUCAAUUCAACGCAAAGAGAUCAAAAUAUGUUGUGAAUUAUUCCUUCUUAGAAGAAGAUACUGGAACGGAUUAUGUCUAUUUAAUAUUAGACUUAUGUGAAGAAUCGUUGGAGAGUUAUGUGAAAUCUUCUACUUUGGAAGAUCUUCAAAACGCUCUUCCCGACAUUCUCAGACAAAUUUUGCAAGGAUUAGCUGAUCUUCAUAGUGGCGAAAAUCCCAUUAUUCAUCGGGACUUAAAGCCUACCAAUGUUCUCCGAGACUCACAAGACAACUUUCUGAUAGCUGACUUUGGCAUUAGUCAAAUAUUGAAUAAUGAUUCUACGACAUAUGAAAGCAGUCCUAACACAGGAACGGAGUAUUGGAUAGCUCCAGAAUCAUAUUGUGAAAAGGAAGAUUCUGUUGAUAAAGGACGGUACAAGAAAGAGUCUGAUGUAUAUAAUGCAGGAAUGGUAACUUAUUAUAUUGCAACAAAGGGAAAACAUCCGUUUGGAACUAAACCGUAUAGACUGAUGAACAUGUUGAAUGGAAAGCCUGUUGGUUUGGAUCAAAUCGAGGAUGCAACACUAAAGGACCUUCUGUCGUGGAUGUUAAAUCUAAAACCUGAAGACAGACCAUCGGCUACCGUGGCGUUAAAACACCCAUUUCUUAUGUCGGAUGACGAGAAAUUUGACUUAUUAUGUAAAGUUGGAAAUAUUCAGCAGAUUAAGACAAAUGAUCCCCUGUGUAGUGUCGUUCAACAAUUGAAUAGUGAAUCCUCAGAUUGGAAAAGUAAAAUAGACAGUGAUGUUUAUGAUUAUUUUAGGACGGAUGUGGUGACUGGAAAGAUUUUUACAUAUGACUCUUCAUGGACAGAAUGUUUAAGACUUAUUCGAAAUAUAAACCAACAUUGGAACGAUCGACCACGGCCAAGACCACAACUAGAACCAUUUUAUAAGAUUGGCGAUCACAAGGCGUAUAUUCUCAAAAAAUUCCCCAAUCUCCCUGUUCGAGUGCAUGCUACUGUGAGGUCCGAUGAAGAAUUGAAAAACAGUCCAGAUCUCAAGAACUUAUUCAAUUUCGGUGAAAAGAAAUCACAUCAAAAAUAAACAGUUUUUAAACAGUAAAAACAGUUUGUGAAAAGGCAAGUGAACAGGAAAGAUACCGUGUAAAAUAGAAUUUACUCAGAUUGGAAAAGACAAAUAAAUUUUUUACGCAUA